AUGAACUCCACUUCAAGUUCAACCCCCUCUCCUUCACAAAAAAAGAAGAAGCACCAGAAGAAAACCUACGAGGGCAACGCGAUGCCGGAAUCCCUGCCCGAGCUCAUCGCCGCUCCGCAGGAGCAGGCUCUCGCCGGCCUGCAGAAGGUAGCGACCACCAUCUCCACUGGGGCGGAGAAACCGCUGAAGGAGGCCGUUGACGCGAUCAAAACGAACGCCGUCGCGCCGGUCGAGGACUUUUUCCACACGAAAAUCUUGCCGGCCUACAACAAAGUUGUCGCAAACUACGAGUUAGCGAGGGCUGCUGGCGUAAAAAAGUACGAAAUCGGCCGGAAAUUCCUCCACGAACAAAUCCUCCCCCACCCCGUCGUGAAAACGCUCAACGAGGACAUUCUCCAGCCGCAUGUUCUUCCAAAAGUGAAAAAAGUGUGCGAAAUCGGUUCUCAUUACGAGAAAAAGCUGGCGACCGAGGCGGAAACCUGGUUCGACUCCCCAGCAGUCCGGCACUUCCCUUCUGCGGUUGCGAACAAGCUCGAACCCUAUCUCGGACCGAGUUUCGCGCAUUACAUGUCCUUCCUCGAGAUCGAUUCCCCCGUGACGUUGGUCUUCGCAAUUCUGUGCGUGCUGGUUCAUUUUCUCGCGACUUCGAGCGUAGUGCAGCUGAUCGCACCGAAAAAAUUCGGCUUUGAUAACUUGCAACAAAAUUACUUCUCCGUCCACCCCUGGCAGUAUUGGGCGCCGGUCACGGAGAUCUACUACCCGCUUCUGAACUACUACUACGUCGGCACGCAGUACAGCUACCUCCCGCUCCCCGGCGUCCCGUGGAGCUUCUUCCGUCUGUUCACGCACGUGCUCGGGCACGGGGAUUGGCAGCACUUAUCCGGCAACCUGGUCAACCUCUUGCUGGCCGGUCCGAGCGCGGAACGCGAGUUUGGCAGCUACAACCUGCUGAAGGUCAUCGUGUACGUCGCCGUGUUCUCCGCGUUUGCGCACAUGUUCUUCGGGCACCCGCAGGCGAUCCAGUUGGGCGCGAGCGGCGUGGUCUUCAUGACCAUCUUGCUGUCCAGCCUCGUGCAGCUGAAAUUGAACAAGGUGCCCGUCACGUUUGUGUUGCAAAUGCUCCUGUGGGUGCACAACGAGGUGGUGGACCAAAUUUUUGCCACGACCAAAAAUGGCGGCGCCAGCAACAUUGCGCACCUGUCCGGGGCCCUGGUUGGGACGGUCUUCGGGUUUCGCUUACACGGGGAGAAGCUGCAGGAAAAGGUGAAGGCGAUUGGCUUGGGCUGGUUGAAAAAGGCAAAGGAAAAAACAGAGAAGAAGUUAUGA